AUGCUACAAUGGCGACAGCCACUAGUGCGAUUUUUUGUAAGAUGUGCCUCCAAAAAACUGGCCCAACAUCACCUUCGUCGGCGACCAGAUCCCAGAAGCACUAUUCUGUUGCUCAAACUAUUGCCCAAAGAUAACGAUGUGACUAUUCCUAAGCAAGUGGAAAAGUUAUUGAUGCCCGUCACCGCGGUGACCAUCGGUGAACUGAUAGAUUUGAGACGAGCUGCGCAAGAAUUCAAGUGUUACAACUACGAAGAAGUUAUACCCGACGAAGUCAUCAAUAUCAAUAUCAACCAACUGACCGAUUUGAUGGUGUUGUCGAAUGGUACUUUAGUUGGAUGGAACUUAAAUGAAGAGAUUAUUGUCCAAAAUUAUGCAAAGAAACUCGGCUCCGCCAUUGAUGAAUCUUACGUCCCCGAGGCUGAUGUGAUGGAUUGGAUUGGAAUCACAGGCGAAAGCGAUGGACUGUACCUUAAGGGCGAAGUUCUAGUGGUCGCCGAAGACAAUGCCGAUCAAGCCCUCUUGGAGAAGGCAGCAUUUGCAAUUGGAUUUCUGAGAAGCACUCGUCUCUCCAUUUUGGAAAAUGCAUUGGAUCAAUAUUUACUACGCGCUAAGGACCAAUCUCGAUAUUUGGCCACCGGUAAGAUAAAGACAACAGAACAUCAGCUAUUGCAAUUGACGGGAAAAUUAUUUCAAUUACGAGCAAAGUUGAAUUUGUAUCUGGAGCUCAUCGAGACCCCAGAUUUGUACUGGGAAGAGCCUCUGUUGGAACGGAUUUAUACAUCAGUGUCACGAGCUCUUGACAUCAAUCCACGUAUCUCGAUAUUGAAUCGGAAGCUUGAUUAUGCUACUGAUGAGCUGAGGGCGUUUUUGCUGGUUCUUAACGAAAAAAAGAGCACACGUCUUGAAUGGAUCAUUAUAUUAUUGAUUACAGUCGAGGUCGUAUUUGAGUUACGGCAGUUUUGGUUAGAAUACCAACACUCGACACAUGCUGAGACUUCGGCGAAUUAA